AUGGCCUCGACUGCGACCAACGGCGACGCCGCCGCCGUGUUGGACGAACUCAAGCCUCCUACCGGUGUUGUUCUGCCGCCUCGGGAGAUUCGUAAUGUUCUCGAAAAGACGGCAGGUUACGUUGCGCGAAACGGUCUCAUCUUUGAGGACAGGAUUCGCGAAAAGGAGCGCUCCAACCCCAAAUUCAGUUUCCUUAACAAUACCGACGCAUACCAUGCAUUCUAUCAGUGGCGCCUUGAUGAGAUCAAGGCCGGCCGCGGCACCGCCAUCGCAGCAGGACGCGCCAACGAAGCAGCAGCACCCGUCGAGCAGAAGCCCCAAGGCCCGCCGAAGCCUCCCGAUUUCCAGUUCUCGGCCCGCAUGCCGCGCAUCAAUCAGAAGGAUCUCGAGGUCAUCCGAUUGACCGCCCUAUUUGUCGCGAAGAAUGGUCGCCAGUUUAUGACCCAGCUUGCCCAACGCGAGGCCGGAAACCCCCAGUUCCAAUUCCUCAUUCCGAACCACACGUUCCACAACUUUUUCCAACAUCAGGUCGACCAGUACACAGCGUUAUUGAGAGCCAGCGGCUUGGGUGGCGAAGGCGGCAAGAUUGAGCAAGAGAGGAUCAACCAUAUCCAGCAAAACAUCGACGACAAGUACCAUGUUCUGAGCCGCGCGAAGCAACGUGCCGAGUACUCAAAGUUCCAGGAAGUUGAGAAGGUAAAGAAAGAGGAGGAAGACGAGAAGAAGAAGCUUGAGUUUGCCCGGAUCGACUGGAACGACUUUGUGGUUGUCGAGACUAUUGUCUUUACAGAUGCCGACGAGUCCGCGAACCUGCCGCCUCCGACGAAUCUUUCCGAACUGCAAUACGCUUCCCUUGAGGAGAGGAACAAGGCAUCAUUAACCAAUCUUCGCAUUGAGGAGGCCAUGCCCGAUGAGGAAACCUCGUACAACGCCUACCCCCAGACCUCUCAGACGUUACCAGUUCACACUGGCUAUGCGCCUCAGCAGCAGCAGCAGCAGCAAUUCCAGGCGCAAGCCCCAGUAGGCUUCCAAGGAUAUCCAGACGGCACACCGCGACGAUCAGCAGAAGAGGAGGAGGAAGAGCGGAGGAUCCAGGAGAGGACAGAGGCACGUGCCCGGGAACAACAAGCACGCGCUGAAGCUCGUGGCGGAACUGCUCCGAUGAAGAUUAAAGAGAACUACGUGCCCCGCGCACUCCAACGAGCGGCCAACAAACAGAGUGUCCAGAUGGCGCUAUGCCCGAACUGCAAGCAGCAAAUUCCCAUGGAUGAGCUGCAGGAUCAUAUGAGGAUUGAACUGCUGGACCCUCAAUGGAAGGACCAAAAGGCAAAGGCAGAAGCUAGAUACUCCACGACCAACUUGUCCACGGCGGAUGUCGCAAACAACUUGAAGCGACUUGCCAGUCAGAGAAGCGACGUCUUUGACGGCGUCACCGGCCAACCCCUGUCGGAAGAAGAGGCUGCUCGGCGCAAAAAGGCCACGAUUCAUAGUUUCGAUGGUAAUCCUGAUGGCAAGAGCCAGGCUCACAUCAACCACCUGCACAACCUGAAUGUCGAGGAGCAGAUCCGUGCUAUUCACCAGAGAUUUGCGGACAAGAAGAGGUUACUGAAGCUGAAGCUGUCAGAACCAGGCUCCGGGAACGUGGCGGAUUCACAUCAUCCUACCCAUUUACCACCGGUCUAUGGCGUCUGCUGCGGCGAGCAGUGUGAUCCCGAUGCCGGAAGACUGGAAUGGUUGAGGCCCACUGGCCGCGAGACUCCAGUCUUACUUUCCUUGCUACACACCCAGACCCGUUCAAUCAAAGUGAAAGUGGUGUAUAACUGUACUUGGGAACUCCAGAAAUACGUCCCGGUCCACAAGGCACCCCCACCUGCUCAAUUGGGCAGCGCUACCCCGUACCGCUGUCCGUACCGCUCACAGUUACGAGGAAGUGCCCCCCACCUCGUACCCUCAGAAGGCGCAUCGGCUCAGCCUCCUCCUCCCAAUAAUCAAGCAAACCGGUCUGUUGCGGCAGCGGCCGGGACUGGCGUAAACCACGCCGCACACUGCUUGAUUGCUGCCACCCAUUUUUGUCGUAAUCGGCUGCACUUCGCACCCGCCUUGAUUCCCCCACCUCCCUCCCACCUCGACAUUUUUUCCCACAACGAACAACCCAACUUCACCUCACAUCGCCUCGCCUCGGAACAAAGGUCCCAGUCACACGACAAGUCUCACCGGUUCAAGAGAGCAGCCGUUCCCACCGAACCCGAUAUCGCGGCGCUUGCGCAUACCGUACCUCGACGACACCGCCUCGCCGACCGCAACUCCCCUCUUCCCACCGAGGACAAAGCCGCCAAAACGGAUUCCGGAAGCCAGAACGCCGCUCGCGCUCCCAGCGCUGAGCCCACUUCUCCCACCUCCCCGACCGGAUCACAGGCCUCGCCGCGCUUUCACCGGCCCAUCAUGCAGGCAAUGCCGGAUAACCGACAACAGUCUUUUGACGAAAUCUACGGCCCGCCGGAGAACUUUCUCGAGAUCGAGCGCAACCCCCGGUCCUCUCUAGCCUGUCACGAUAAUGCCUCUCCAAUGCUCUCUAUUCACCCUUCCCACAGCUCGCCUGCCCGGCCAUUAACCCACGGCAUGGGCCGCAGCAUGUACACCGACUACGAGAUUGUCUGCCGCACCAACAUCCCCGCCUUCAAGCUCCGCGCCUCGAGCGUGCGCCGCCGCUACUCCGACUUUGAGUACUUCCGCGACAUCCUCGAGCGCGAGAGCGCCCGCGUCACCAUCCCGCCCUUGCCCGGCAAGGUGUUUACGAACCGCUUCAGCGACGACGUCAUCGAGGGCCGCCGCGCCGGCCUCGAAAAGUUCUUGCGCAUCGUCGUCGGACACCCGCUUCUGCAGACGGGCAGCAAGGUCUUGGCCGCUUUUGUUCAAGGUAAGGGCUGGCUUUCUGGCUUGUGA